AAACUUAAAGAAACCGAAAGUGACAAACUGAGUGUCCAGAUUCAUGCAUAUUUAGAUAACAAAUUUGAUGUAGCUCAACUACUUGAGGACUCAGAGACCAAACUUGCAGCACUAGAGAAAGUAGCAGAAAUUGAAGAGCAGUUGUCACAUACCACUGAAAGCUUACAAAGGCUGGAGUAUGAAUCAUUAGCUAAAAUCGCUGACUUACAAACAAAAAGAAAUGAUGCAGAGAAAGAAUUAGAAAUACUCAAGGAGGUAAAUACAAAUGUAAAUAAUGAAAUAGGAACAUUAAGGAAAAAAUAUGAAGACAAGGAGCUAGAAGUAAAAGAGAGAGAAACUAAACUAACGAAAGAAAUUGAAGAACUGAAAAAAAGUGCAACUGGUCAGAAACCAAUUAUGAAUGGGAAUGUGACAGAAGUGGAUAAAUGCAAACCGGUCACAGCAGCAGCACCUCCACCACCACCGCCACCGCCCCCACCACCACCUGUUGCACCACCACCUCCUCCUCCUCCUCCACCUCCACCACCAUCAAUUGGAGCACCUCCACCUCCUCCUCCGCCUCCAGGAGCACCACCGCCACCAGGUGGUAUAAUGGCUCCACCAGGAUCUGUUACUAUCAAGAGGAGAGUUCAAACCAAAUAUCGUCUUCCAGCUCUUCAUUGGGUGGCUAUUAAACCCAAUCAGGUUAGAGGAACUGUAUUCAGUGAACUGGAUGAUGAUAAAGUUAUGCAGGAAAUUGAUUUUGGUCAUUUUGAAGAGCAGUUUAAGACCAAAUCACAGACUACAGGACUUCCAAAACUGAAUGGAACGCCCAAAGCCUCAAAAAAAGCACCAAAGAAAGAAACUGUUUCUCUGUUAGAGUCAACAAGAUUACAGAAUUUAUCAAUAUCUAAACGAAGAAUAGCGCCCUCAAACGAUGAGAUUGUCAGAGCUAUUGUUAUGAUGGACUUGAAAAGUCUUCCAUUGGAUAAUGUAGAAAUCUUAUUAAGAUAUGUACCAACACCUGAAGAGAUUGAAGCUUAUAAAAAAUAUGAAAAGGAAAAGAAACCAGUUGAUAAACUAACAGAAGAAGAUAAAUUUAUGUUUUCUCUGUGUAAAGUGGAAAGGUUACAACAAAAGCUGAGUAUGAUGUCAUACAUCGGAAAUUUUGUUGAUAUAGUUCAUAAUCUUACACCGCAAUUAGAAGCAGUUAUAGCUGCCUCAGGCUCAAUAAAGGCUUCUGACAAACUGAAGAAAGUACUUGAGAUCAUCCUUGCUUUUGGUAAUUAUAUGAACAGUGGAAAACGAGGGGCUGCGUAUGGUUUCAAAUUACAGAGUCUUGAUAUGCUGUUAGAGACUCGAUCUACCGAUGGUAAAAUGAAUCUUUUACACUACAUUGUUGAUGUCAUCUCCAAUAAGUAUCCAGACAUUGAAGAGUUCAAUUCAGAUUUGAUUUAUUUAGACAAAGCUGUCAGAGUGAACCUUGAUAAUAUCCAGAUAGAUAUUAAGGAUUUGAAUAAAGGAAUGGCGAUGUGUAAGCGGGAAUUUAGUAACCGAAAAGAUAAUAUUGUUCUUCAAGAUUUCUUGGCAAAUUCAGAAGAUAAAUUGAAAAAAUUAGAGAUUGACAUGAAAAAGGCUCAGGAAGCUUACAAUCAAGUAGUUGAAUACUAUGGAGAGAAUCCAAAGAUGGUUCCACCUAGUACCUUCUUUAACUUCUUUAUUAGAUUUCAAAAUGCUUGUAAGAAAGCAAAAGCUGAUAAUGCUCAAAGAAAAAAAGUACAGGAAGUAAAGGCAGCGAAACUAAAACCACAGAUGGAGACUAAAAAGAAACAACAGGCUUUAUCAAGAGAAGUUGGACAACAAUAUACAAUUGUCACUUUUGAUUUGGCUGUAGCCAAGAAGGCCUAUACAAUUGUCUGGCAGAACCCAGUGCUUUGCAGUGAUGUUCUAGUAAGAUUAGGCGUAUUACACACACUAUGUUCAUAUCUUGGUGCUCUUGGUCAACACCUUCGGUGCAGUGGCUUUGAAGACAUUAUGGUUGAAGCAGACAUUUGUGCAAGUGGGUCAAUUGCAAAGGAGAUGUCAGGCAAGCAUUAUAACAGAUCCAUGUGUGUUCAUAAAAUAAUGCUUGAAGCAUUUGAACGUUUGCUUCUAAGAGCAUAUAAAGAAACUGAGGGUAGAAUACUAAACAAGGAAGCUAAUUUGAUUACUCUAGCUCAAGCUCCAAACCAUGAAUCACUGUCAGAAGUUAUGGCCAGUGACACCUGUUUGACGAUGAUUUCACAAUAUGAAACAUUCAAAGAUAAAAUUCGCAGAGGAGAGCUUGGAAAAACAGCUCAAUAUUGA